UUGCAGAUAUAUAAAAACGCGGCAGCACGAGAUGCUGGGUUCAUGGGCUGUGGCACUAGUGGUGGGAGAAGAGCCGCGUGCGGAUAGAUUUCCAGAUAUGGCAAGCGUUGUCUGGCUGCCUUGUGCCAUCGCCAUGUAUUCUGAAAUAUAUAUGGCAUUCUGGAUGUGUGAUCGUGUUCAUCUGCUCUGCUAGAAGGUACCCAAGUGUAGCAGACGAAAUGUACGGGUGGACCAUGUCACAGACACAACCCGUCCUCUUGUGUUGCUCUACUGUCACACUUGGGUAGACCACAUCACAACUGUAGACACAAAGCCAUGUAUGGACGAGUAUGUCAAGUUUGGUAGCGUGUUGUUAGAGCAAGGGACUGUGGCAUGGUGGGCCGACUGCGGGUGGCAUCGCCUGGCAAGCCGUAGAUCACAAUAGCAACCCUUACACUCCAGAGACGUUGCGCGGGCUUGACAAGCCACUCCCCGUCCUCAAGCUACAUGCACCAGUCACAGCAUCGCUGUAC